AUGUUCUCGGCCACCCUUGCGCGGAGGCUUGCCGCGGCAGCAGAAACAUCUGCCUCGGGCGCGAAGAGCAGUGGCAAGCUUUACAUAAGUCGAUACCCGGCCAAGAAGGUUUGGCCGCCAGACUACUCAAAGCUGACGCCCCAAGCCCAGCUCAAGUAUGAAAAGAAGUACAAGAGGAGGGUUGCUAUGCUCUCAGAACGACCGCGAUGGGACAGGUUUGUCAAGCUCGCGCAGCUUCUCUCCGUCACGUCCAUUUUGACCUACGCCAUACUCUUCAUGAAAUGGGAAGAUGAGAGACACAAUCCUUUCUUCGGGAUCAAAAAGGGGUUCUGGGCGCAGUUCGGAUACACUCUUGACAUGGGGACAAAAGCUCCCAUCCAAAGCACAACAGCGCGCCCGGAUUUCAAUAAGAAUCCUCAGUAA